GUCUCUCCAUCGAGCUGAACGAACUGAAACUGCUCCUCUUCCUCUUGAGUAGAAAAAAACGAGAUGCAUAGGAUGGUGUAUCGGUGCGGCGGCCACCGUUCAGCUUCAGCAAGCCCCUACCUUGUUUUGCUGAACGAUCUCCUCCUCAUUCCCGUUUGGCACUACCUCGUGGCCUUGAUCGCAAUCUGCUUCGCAUUCCUCUACCAUUUCCUCGAAUUCCAUUUCCUCCAUGACCUCUUCACCGGAUUCAGAGGCUGCUCCGUCGCCUUGACCUACCACUCCUCCUCCCGUAUCUACCACGACGUCGUUUCCAAGUGCCGGAUUCUCCAUUCCAGGUAUCUGGUCACCCCCUGGCUCUCAAGUCCUCAUUUGCAGACCGUCUUCCUCAGUCUCUUUGGCCGCCCUCCCGUUUUCAACUACCGCAGAGAACUUUUUCAUCUCUCUGAUGGUGGAACUAUCGCCUUGGAUUGGUUACUGGACUCUGAUGUUCUGGGAAGUAACUAUGACACAACCAGUUCUAUUCCAAAAGAUGAUAUAAAACCGAUUGUGCUAGCCAUUCCUGGAUUGACAAGCGACUCCGAAUCUCCUUAUAUAAAGCAUCUUGCUUUUAACACGGCGCAAAAGGGAUGGAACAUUGUUGUUACCAACCACAGAGGUUUGGGUGGUGUUUCAAUUACUUCCGAUUGCUUUUAUAAUGCUGGUUGGACAGAGGAUCUGCGGGCAGUCAUUAAUCAUCUCCAUCAUGAAUACCCCAACGCUCCUUUAUUUGUUGUUGGAACGAGUAUCGGAGCCAACAUUUUGGUAAAAUAUCUUGGGGAGGAUGGAGAUAGUGUUCCAGUUGCUGGAGCUGUAGCAAUAUGUUCUCCUUGGGACCUUCUGAUUGGUGAUAGAUUUAUAAGCCGUAGGCUGUUGCAAAAAAUUUAUGACAGAGCUCUUGCAAUUGGCCUUCAAGGCUAUGCACAAUUACACCAGCCUAUUUAUUCUCGCCUCGCUAAUUGGGAAGGUAUAAAAAAGUCGCGUUCUAUUCGUGAUUUUGAUCAUCAUGCUACCCGCCUUGUUGGGAAAUUUGAGACUGUGGACACAUAUUACAGGCGUUGUAGCAGUGCUAGUUAUGUAGGAAAUGUGUCAGUGCCACUACUCUGUAUCAGUGCAUUAGAUGAUCCACUUUGUACUAGGGAAGCCAUUCCUUGGGAUGAAUGCAGGGCAAACUUAAAUAUUGUAUUGGCUACCACAAAGCGCGGAGGACACUUGGCUUUCUUUGAAGGAUUAACUGCAGCUGGCAUCUGGUGGGUAAGGGCUGUGGAUGAAUUUUUAAAAGUUUUACAUAGUAGCCAGUAUAUGCAUGUAAAGAAGGUGGCAAGUUCUUACCCACCAUUAAUACUGGACUCUUCAAUAGAUCAGGGUCCCUAUGUAAACAUUGCAGAAGAUGGAAUGGUGGCUGCAGUGGGCAAUGAACAGGUAGAAGAGAAUAGGGUAGAAGAUGUACUUGAAUCAGGAGAAGGUAAAAUUUCAGCAGAGCGAGAUCAACAGAGGCCACAGCCAGAGUCGGAUUCUUUGGCUGGUGUUGUAGAAUCUUCUGAACAAGCUAUUACGCCUCUUGAUGUAAUUGCUCCUGUUAGAAGACGCUUACAUCUGCUAUCUCGACAGAGUAGGUGGUCAUUGUGGUUGCUUGUUUAUAUUGCUAUUGUGACAAGUUGGCCAGUGGUAGGUUCUGUCCUCCAGAUUGCAUUGCGAAAGAAGCUCAGAAAUGUCUUAUCUGGUGCUUUCUUCAAAAGAUGAGCACAGGCUAUUUACAUUACUAUUGUAUGCCAAGUCUAGGUUCUCGAUCCCAACUAUAUAAAUAAACAAUACAGCUAUAUACAUGACUAGCAACACCUGUGUAUUAUGUAUAACUUAUAAUUAAGUUACAAAACCCAAUGUAAUCUGUAUCAAUGAAAAUAGGGAGAAGCAGUAUAUUUGGGUUUAUGGAACCGAACAAUGCAAUCUUAUUCAGAGUGAAUCUGCAAUAUGGACCUCAAUUUUUUA